UACGAUCGAAUCAUCCUGUAUACCGGAACUACGAUUACAUCGAAAACAUCAAGGAUCUCGCAAAUCCCAGCCCUUCUAACGCGUUGUCGUCGAAAAAUCCGAUUCUGGUUGCAGCCUGUAACGCUUUCGGAAGAUGUGCAGGAAGUUCCCCGUCGUGUUGCUGACCGCGACCAUCCUAUUCCGUGUCGCUUGCGAAUUGUUCGAACCGAAUUACUCGGACAACUAUUCCAACUUAUAUCCUUUUGUAGAAAAGUGGGCCAUAACCAGUCACACGAAAAUGUUGACCGUGGUAUUCGAUGAUUACGAGUACCAUCGUACGUUCCAUGUUCCUCGUGACAUUCUAGUUGGCUUAAACGUCUCUACCAAACUAGUCAGUCUGAAACAUGUAAUAUCUUUGAAGUACAAGAACAUGAGACGCGAUUAUCAGACUAUAGAGACAGAAAGUUGCGUGUUGCUGUUGUUCUCGAACGUGGAUCAUCUCAGGGAUAUCCUUAGUUCUCCGCAUUUGAUGUCGUUCUGGCAUCCAGAAAAUUUCUAUAUUCUUCAAGAUCAGGGCAUACAAUUCUCCGAUUUGUCGAUAUACGAGAGAUUUUGCAAGUGGGCGUUCGAGAGGCUUUGGAGAUUUAGAAGGGUUUAUAAGCUGCUUUUGUUCGCCGCUGACAAAGUGAUUCGAUACGACCCUUUCGAUUACGCUGCUCGUCACACUGGGUAUCGCGUUAACACCAGCUGCGAUUGGAACUGUGUUAAAUCGAACACGGACAGUUUUCUGUUGAUCAACGGACCAAAUACCACCGAUAUAUCGGAUAUUUUCAUCAAGGAUAGAAGAGACUUUAAAUUAUCCCCGUUAAAAAUCUCCAUCUUCGAAACGAGCACGAUAUCUUUCCAGAACGGCCAAUUUUCUGGAUUAGACUUCAAAUAUCUCGAAGAAGUUUGUAAAAUGAUGAACGUGACGCUCGUUUUAAUUAGAUCGAAAGAUAGAUUCGGCUGGGAAGAGAACGGAGCAUUUUUUGGGACUAUUGGACAUUUGGUCUAUAGAUUUGCAGACGUAUCGUUCAAUCACUUUUUCAUUAAAGACUAUUCCACCAGGGAGCUGGAGUUUACGACGCCAAUCACCAGCGACAAAUUAUGCGUGCUUGUUCCUAAAGCACCACCAGUCCCUGAUUAUCUUGUGAUCGUCAAGAUCUUCACUGGAGGAGCCUGGUUGUUAGUAUUCGCCACGCACUUUGUCAUCUCGAUGAUUUAUAUGAUUUUGAAGAACGAAAGGUUCGAAGCUAUUCGACGAAGCGGAACAAUGUUUUUCUGCUACGAAUAUCCGACUGACUUCUACUUCCUCGAGAAUCGAAACGGUGCCGUGAUAGAGUUAGUACGGAUGAAAACGGGAGAUGAAAGAGUAUCAGUCUUAUUUAUUGCAUACGAUGAUUAUUCUCGUUUUGCUAACAGAAUUUACAUAGUCGAGAAAACGUCAAAUGUUCGAUCGACGAUGAAAACGAAGAAAGGCCGCUCGAAACGAUUCAAGGAAAUGUGUUUGUCCUUUGUCACGUGGCUGGGCAGACAUUUAACAAAAGUCGUAUUUCAACUGGUGCAGCCCUUUAAUUUGGGCCAGGCUUGGUUCCCCGAGAGGUUGUUGAUGAUGUGCAGUUUGUUUCUAAGUUUGAUCCUUAAUGGGAUUAUCACUUCUCAGCUUGCCUCUAGUUUCAGUAAAAGAAUGUAUUACGAGGAUAUCAAUACCUUGGAACAGCUGAAAGAAAGCGGUCUGACGAUUUUAACCGACACCAGAGAUGUUCUCGACGACGCGUUGACUGACAUUACAUCGCCAUUAAUCAAACAACUAAACGAUAAAUUAGAAUACGCGAACAGAUCGGAAGUGUAUAGAAGAUUAUUUAAAACGAAGGACGCUGCUUAUCUUCAUCGACUCGAGACACUGCCAUUUAAAUACAGCGAGGAAGAAAUGGAAAGACUACACGUCGUCAGCGAAUGUCCGAAGGAAUACAUUCUCGCUAAUAUAAUCACAAAGGGAUCUCCAUACGGUGGUCGUAUAAACAGCAUUCUCUCCCGGUUAAACAACGGCGGUUUCUAUGGAAAGUGGUAUCAGAGUAUAUACCAGUCGCAGAAACGGCCGGCACUGGUGUUGAAUGGCUCGACGAUGCAUAGGAAGAUCACGAUCCGGCAUUUAUUCAUCCCGUUUGGGAUACUGUACAUCGGACUGGCCAUAAGCAUAAUCGUAUUUAUCUACGAGUAUCGGCAAAACAACGUCCGAUAAUUUGCACGUCCUCCGCUCGGAGAAAUGCGUCCGAAAUGGUUGUACCUGGUUGGAAGUAAAAAGCAGCAACUGACGUGGAAAUCGGUCCGCCCUGUCCGCAUUCUGUUUUGCUCGAUGGCUAGAAUGAAACAAAUGGUGCGAAUGAAACGCGAAGAGUCCUGGCUGAAGGAGAUGUAUCAUCUUGUCUUUCCUUGUCUUCGAUAAGAAAGAACAUUCUUCUCGUUUACUUGACGCUUUGGCCAAUUUCUUA